UCUACCACAAGAGGGCGCCGUUCAAGAUGGCAGCCACCAUGGCGAACGCAACUCGAGCCACUGUCUUGAAGCUAUACCGCGAAAUAUUGAGAGAAUCUAAGAAGUUUACCGGCUAUAAUUACAGAGAAUAUGCAUUGAGGAGAACAAAAGUUGCUUUUCGGGAGAACAAGAGCUUAACUGACGAGGCAAAGAUCAAGGCAUUGAUCCAAGAGGCCGAAGAGAAUCUGCAGAUUAUCAAGCGACAGGUUGUUCUCAGUCAACUUUACAAGGAUCCGUCUCUGGUGAUUGAAGGAGAAAAUGCAGGACAGAGGUAGCAUCAACAGAAGCAGAGGACGGUACUCCAGGGUCCCUGUUUCAAAGCAAGGCUGAUUCCCGCAUCACAAUUCAAGGAACUACAAAGAUCACUGGGAAAGUGGUCAUUGGCAUCAGGCAUCUGAUUCGAUUAUUGCCCAUAAUGCAUUGCACUGACUAAAUUGAAAAACUAUUCAUGGCUGAAUGAUGUUUGGCUUGUGUGUAGCUAACGAUACAACUUUUUUUUGGAGGGGGAAAAAUGAGAGAUAAAUUUACAGUCAGGAGUAGGCUAAAGCUCCAGCAUAAGCAGAUUCCCUUCCAUUUUUUUUGCAAAAACAAAGCUAGACUUUUUUUUACCAGUACAUGUAGCUAACUGUUUAAGGGUAUUCUUUUAACCCAUAACUUUUUAUUUUGGUAAUGGUGGUCCCGUCCAUGUUUAGCAUUGUAACUUGGUCUGCAGUGCAAUAUAGCAUAUUAUUUGAGAUUGUUAACUAAAUUGCUUACCUAAAGUAACCAAGUAACAACUGAAGGGGGAAAAAGUUUGGUGAUUAGAACAAUAUGAAUCUGUAACUUUCUUUAUACACGUCUUGUCGAGGAAGUCCCAAAUAAAGGAAGUAUGGAAGCAAACUUCUCUUAGGUCUAAUAAAUAGGUCAAGAAAAUGCCAAGAAAUUUCCCACUUUAGUAUUAUCAUAGAAUUCGUUCAGGAUUUGUCCAAAACAAUAAAAAAAAAGGCUUUAAAUUUGCAACACAAUCAAGUUAAUACAAUGAUUUCUAGACAGCCACACAUGUUGGCACAUCUGUAGUUUUCUGUAGGCACAAAAGUGCAUUUCUCUUUGCUGUUAAGCAGAAAGAAUAAUGCUUUGCAAAUAUUGCUCAGCUGAGUACCAGCCAUAAGCAAUAUGAACCUGUGUUAUUUUGGUUGGUAACCUGUUUUUUUACUAAGCAUGUAUUUCUGUUCUGAUCAGGGGCUCUUCACGCUUGUUUUAUACCAGCUCCAUUAGCCUAUUUGAGAUAUGGUACACACAGAAGGAGGGCGCUAUCUUUUGUGGGUAAAUUUGGGUCGAUACAAAAUAAUGUAUCCAAUCCAAAUAGCGCCCUACUAGAAAUUGACCCAUAUUUGUAAUUGACACCAUAUUAUUUGGCUUUAGGUUACUCCUCUGUUGAUACCUACCACAACGUGGCAGGCGAAAUGUAUGUGUAAUUUCUGUACAGUUUUCCUGGCAUAUAGGUAUAUUUUGCCUUGCUGUUGUUUAUUAUGCAUGGCCUGCCAUAUACAAUGCAAAAGAACUUGCAAUAAUACUGUAAGAUUUUACAGCUGAAGAAAAGUCCACAAACUAAAAUAGAUACAUGUACUUUAAAAAAUGUUACCAGCUAGGCUCACUGCAACUUGAAAGAAAAAAGGUGUCAUGGAUAAUGACACCUUGGGUUAAUUUGAGUGUGCUUUCUCUUUCGAGGGAAAACUGUAUAAUCUGUGUGAAAUUUCAUUUUGCAAGACGCCCUGCAAGCAGUGUAAACAUUUUUGUAUUCCAAUAGCAGACCUCUUUGAAGUUUGAGGUCGGCACAUGCCGAGGAUGUCAAUGAGACUGUGGACUUAGAAUUGCUUAGAGCGUGGUUUUCAUAUGUAAUACUACACUGUGUGUGUCACAGUCGCACAAAGUUAUGUGCACAAUUGUAAAUACACACGUGUAUAAGAAAUAUUGGAAUUACAAGAGUUCUUGGUGGUUGACUUCGAAACGCACAAAUGUUAUGAUUAAAAAGUUUAUGAGAGUAAUGAA